ACACAAAAUAAGGCAAGAUUGAACUGCCAAAGCGAACAAGUUAAGAAAAAAAAAAAAAGCUGGUGAAACAGGGAGAGCGAAAUAAGUUUUAAUUUUAAGUAACCCUGCGUGAGAUAGCACAAAAAAACGUGUACUUAAAAUUACAAAACGCUGAAAUAUGCAGAGAGGGAUGAAGCUUCUAAUAAAAAAAAAAAAAAAAAACGAUGAAAAGGAAUGCACAGUUGAAGUGUAAAAAGAAGCAGCGAAACAGUGCGAGUAGAGUUGGUUUAACCCAGAAGGAACUCACUUGCUGUGCGCUCUGAACAUUUAAAAAAAAAAGAGAGAAACACGUACGCAUGUGUAUGUUAAUGUGUAUGCAUAGAAUCAUAUCGAACACGUAAAGGAGAGUGCGCUCGACCAGGACACUUUUUAAGCUGAGAGAAAAUAAUAGACACAGACACGUGCAGCUCGCAAUCGAAUCUGACAAGUGAACAUAACAAGAAAGGUGUGCACCAUGGUGACAACAGUUCAACAUUUUACGAAUUAUGAGUUCACCAUGGAUGAGCCUAUACGAGACGCGAAAAGUAUCUACAAGAAGAUAUUGCACAUCUGCUUUCACCAGUACGAUGACGAUAACACCGUAAAGAAAUGUAAUGCUUAUUUGGAAAAUCAGUUAGAGAAAGGAGUUGGGGAGAAGUACAUAUGGGAUUUAUGGGGAUCUUUUAUUGUCUACAUAACACUGUCCAUAAUCAUAUUUUUAGAUAAGGAAGUCUCUGACAAGAAGAACACCUUUGCAUAUUUUUUUUUUUCCUUCAUCGUUGGACAUAUUUUGGUUUCCCUCAAUUUAUCCCUGCUGCACACAAAUAUACACUUUUUUCAGCUCUUGUGCAUCAUUAGCUAUUCCCAAUUUCCGCUGGUGUUUUCCUCCGUCGUGAAUUUGCUCGUGCCUUGUCGAAUGCUGCGGCUUUUAUUUUCCCUUUGGUCGAUCGUCUGGUCCACGUACAAUUGCAUCCUCAUACUGGCAAAGUUUAUAAAAAAGAACAGGUUGCUGAUUUGCUUCUUCCCCAUUUGCUUGCUGCAGUUUUUUGUUGCCACCUUUUUGUUGGUUAAGUGA